AUGCGUUAUAAAUUAUUAAUUAACUUCUUCAUUAUUCUAUUCGUAACCACAUAUUUCAUUCAUUUAUAUCAAGCUCAAUCUGUAAUAGAUCCAAACGCAUAUAAUCUAACAGCAUUAUGUGCGCAAUCUAUUUCGUCAGCAGCAGAUGACCAAUCUCUAAACAAUUGUAUUCCAAUGAAUACUUUAGUAUUGAGCUUACCAUCAUUUUUCGAUAAAUCCACGAAUGAUCCAACGGAAAUGUUGAAUGUUCUAUCUCAACUUAUAAAAAAUACUUGUACAUUAACACCAUGUUCAAUUGAUACGGUCCAGGCAGUACUUCAAUCAUUAAAAUCUCAAUGCUCUCAAGAACUUGAAUUAAAAAAUAUAAUAAUCACUGCAGUUUUCGAGUUAUUUAAUUAUUACUCUUUAGUUAGAGAUAUUAUAUGUUUAAGAGAUAAUGGAAACCAAUACGAUUCAUAUUGCGUUUUGGAAACACUAAUAAAUAUCGGUCAAGCUCUUAACAGCACAUCAUCAUCAGCUUCCAAUAAUGUCGCUAGACGUUCUCCCAAGAAUGUUAUUGCCAGACGUUGUUUGGAGAGAACUAAUAUUGAUAUCGAUACCCCUUCUAUCGACACAAAUGAUCCGGCUAUUAUCACUACGCAAAUUUCUUUUUCAAGUGUGACAAACGUUCCUAUGCCUACCACUUCUAAUAUCGUUGAACAUUCGAAAGUGACAAGUAUUUCUGCGUCUACUACUAUCUCAGCUACAACCAGUAGUGCUGUUAGUAGUUCGUCUACCCCUAUUCCGACUCCACAAAAUACCUCUCCACAAAGUACCUCGAAUGUUACUUGUCCGGCUGAUAUGUCAUUAGUACCAGUAAUGACUCCUCUUUUAAAUUUGUCAAGUCAAGCAAUUUUUACAAAAAUCCUCUUAUAUACGAAAAACAAUCCAACAGCGUUCGAUUGUACACCAUUUAGUCCAAUAAUUUCAAUGGCCCCUGGAUUUUUUUCUCAAAAAUGUAAUCCUCAAUUCCUCGAUCAAAAUAUUCCAAGUAGUAUUUCUGGUGCUACCUCAAUUUUGACGCAUGUGAAAGUACAUGAAUUACUGGGUAUCGGCAUUGGUUGCUUAUCCCUUUGGCUUAGUAGUUGCAUGAUUUAA